AUGGUGUAUGUUGAUCAACCACCAAUGGUAGGAUUCAGUGACGGAGAAUUAAUCCGUAACUUGAACCAAGUCCAAAUUUACUUUUUGAGAUUUUUGGAAAAGUAUUUUGCAUUAUUUCCCGAAGAUCUCCAAAACGAUAUUUACAUUGCUGGUGAAUCUUAUGCUGGUCAGUAUAUCCCUUAUGUUGCCGAUGCCAUACUUAAAAGAAAUGAAAACUUGACUGAUGGAGACGAUGAAUACAAGCUUAAGGCAGUGCUUAUAGGAAACGGAAUUGUAUCACCAGACGAGCAGAGCUUAUCCUAUGUUGAUUGGUUCAAAGAGAAGUCCUUGAUUGAUGAUUCAAACCCCAAUUGGUCUCAAAUAAAUGAUGCUCAAAAAGCAUGUCAAGAUGUCCUUGAUGGCACGGCAGCAAGUCCAAACGAAAACUAUGCCUUUUCUUGUCACUCUAUAUUGCAAGUUAUUUUGAAUGCUACCAGAAACGAAUCAGCUCCAGCUGACCAGCAGUGCGUCAAUGUCUACGAUUAUCAGUUGCGUGACUCUUUUCCAUCUUGUGGAUCGUCGUAUCCCCCAGUGACAGAAUUAAUUACACCAUACCUCAACAGCUCGAAGAUACAAAACGACUUGAAUGUCAAUCAUCCUGUCAAUUUCACAGAAUGCAACACUAAAGUGCAAGAAACAUUCACAGCUACCAACUCACCUCCCGCCAAGGUGCUUUUGCCGGGUAUAGUGUCCCAAAUUCCUAUAAUUGUGUAUAAUGGAGAUCUUGAUAUUAUUUGCAAUUCGAAUGGGGUCUUAAGCUACUUGUCAAACUUGACCUGGAACGGUGCUACAGGGUUUGAUGAUGCUAACAACAGAACUGAUUGGAUAGUCGAGGAUAAAAAAGCCGGAUGGGUGCUUCAAGACAGAGACUUGACGUUUAUCAAUAUUUUCAAUGCCAGUCACUUGGUUCCAUAUUCACGACCUUUAGUGUCAAGAUACUUGUUUGAUUUUGCUACAGAUGAGUACACCAAGAACGACAAGGGUUUCGUUAGUCUGCCAAAAGAUGGACUCAAGUAA